GCGUCCGACGGGGAAUUACCCGAGGAGCCCUAACUUGUAUAAAAGCAGAGUCCAUUUAAAGUUGGGCUGGAUAGCCUCUCUCUCAUUGGUUAGGGGGCUUGGAAAAAAGAGACUCGGCGAGCUCUCGCUGUGGUGGUGCCGCCGCCGCCGCCGCCGCCGCUGGAGUUGACUCUUCUGCUCGCACUGCUGCUGCAGCACAAACGUGACUUCCAACAUUUUUUUAUUUAUCUUUCCCUUUUCUUUUCCAAGAUGUAACUACAGAUCAGAUGCUAAAGACCUUCACGUUUCGCUGAUGUAGUUUUUGGAGGAAAAAAGGGGGGAGUGAAGGGCGUCGGUUUUUUUUUGUGUGUGUGUUUCGGGGAAAAUUUUCCAUUAUGAGUGUUUUACUAAAGUGAAAUAUUUUUUUUGUUUGCUUCGUUCAUCUUUGGCUUUUUUUUUUUUUCUCCUUCCCAAUUUCGGAUUUAUUUCAAGGCGAAUCUGGCUUUGGGGGAAGAGGAAGAAAAGUCGGAUUACAAGAUCAACCACCACCAACAACAAUAAAAACCACCAGGAUAUUUUUUUGCAAAUUUCUGACGGCUUUAAAUUCAUGAAGCAAUUGUCCUCUUUUGCAAUCAGCAUUUGGAUCUCAGAAUGAGCAAGGAAAGACCCAAGAGGAAUAUCAUUCAGAAGAAAUACGAUGACAGUGAUGGGAUUCCGUGGUCAGAAGAAAGGGCGGUACGGAAAGUCCUUUAUUUGUCUCUGAAGGAGUUCAAGAAUGCCCAGAAGAGGCAGCACGGUGAAGGCCUUGCUGGGAGCCUCAAAGCGGUGAAUGGGUUCCUUGGUAAUGGCCAGUCUAAGGCAUUAAGACCAGCAUCAGAACAGUCAGAGAAUGAGAAGGAUGAUGCAUCCCAAGUGUCCUCUACUAGCAACGAUGUUAGUUCUUCAGAUUUUGAAGAAGGGCCGUCGAGGAAAAGGCCCAGGCUGCAAGCACAAAGGAAGUUUGCUCAAUCUCAGCCCAAUAGUCCCAGCACAACUCCAGUAAAGAUAGUGGGGCCGUUGCUACCCCCUCCAGCUCCUCAAAUUUCUGACCUCUCUAAAAGGAAGCCCAAGACAGAAGAUUUCCUUACCUUUCUCUGCCUUCGAGGUUCUCCUGCGCUGCCCAACAGCAUGGUAUACUUUGGAAGCUCUCAGGAGGAGGAGGACGUUGAGGAGGAAGAUGAUGAGACGGAAGACAUCAAAGCAGCCACCAACAAUGCUUCAUCUUCAUGCCAGUCAACCCCCAGGAAAGGAAAAACCCACAAGCAUGUUCACAAUGGGCACGUUUUCAAUGGUUCCACCAGGUCGUCACGGGAGAAGGAACCUGUUCAGAAACACAGAAGCAAAGAGGCCACUCCCGGGAAGGAGAAGCACAGUGAUCACCGGGCUGACAACCGCAGGGAGCCAGCCUCCGCAACCCACCCCCCAGCAGCCCCCUCCCCGGGCUCCGCCGCCAAGGGGCUCGCUGCUAACCACCACCACUCGCCCCUGCAUCGGUCAGCUCAGGACUUACGCAAACAGGUCUCCAAGGUGAACGGAGUCACUCGAAUGUCGUCCCUGAGUGCAAGUGCGAGCAGUGCCAAAAAGAUGCGCGAAGUCAGACCUUCACCGUCCAAAACUGUGAAGUACACUGCAACAGUGACUAAGGGGACCGUCACAUACACCAAAGCCAAGAGAGAGCUGGUCAAGGAAGCCAGCCUCAAUCACCACAAGCCCAGUUCCGCUGUCAACCACACAAUCUCAGGGAAAACUGAAAGUAGCAAUGCAAAAACCCGCAAACAGGUGCUAUCCCUCGGAGGGCCGUCCAAGGCCGCCGGACCUGCCGUCAACGGCGUCAAGGUCAGUGGCAGGUUGAACCCAAAGUCAUGCACUAAGGAGGAGGGAGGGCGGCAGCUGAGGGAGGGGCUGCGGAAUUCCAAGAGGAGACUGGAAGAGGUACACCAGACGGAUAAACCGCAGUCGCCCCCCAAGAAGAUGAAGGGGGCGGCCGGUGCUGCCGAAGCCCCAGGCCGGAAGGCAGCCCCGGCGGCCCCCGCGGAGAAGCCUCUGCUGAACGGACACGUGAAGAAGGAAGUGCCGGAGAGAAGUUUGGAACGGAACCGGCCCAAGAGGGCCACGGCCGGUAAGAGCACGCCAGGCAAACAAGCACACAGCAAGACGGACAGCACUUCCUGUGAAAAUCGUUCUACCUCGCAGACCGAGUCCUUGCACAAGCCCCACGACGCGGCGUCGGGCAGGCAUGAGAAGGGCUGCAGCAAGGCCGGGUGGGCGGCGAUGGACGAGAUCCCCGUGCUCAGGCCCUCUGCCAAGGAGUUCCACGACCCGCUCAUCUACAUCGAGUCAGUGCGCGCUCAGGUGGAGAAGUUCGGGAUGUGCAGGGUGAUCCCGCCCCCGGACUGGCGGCCGGAGUGUAAGCUCAACGACGAGAUGCGGUUCGUGACGCAGAUCCAGCACAUCCAUAAGCUGGGUCGGCGCUGGGGCCCCAACGUGCAGCGGCUGGCCUGCAUCAAGAAGCACCUCAAAUCUCAGGGCAUCACCAUGGACGAGCUCCCGCUCAUAGGAGGCUGUGAGCUCGACCUGGCCUGCUUUUUCCGGCUGAUUAACGAGAUGGGCGGCAUGCAGCAAGUGACUGACCUCAAAAAAUGGAACAAACUCGCAGACAUGCUGCGCAUCCCCAAGACAGCCCAGGACCGGCUGGCCAAGCUCCAGGAGGCCUACUGCCAGUACCUGCUCUCCUACGACUCGCUGUCGCCCGAGGAGCACCGGCGGCUGGAGAAGGAGGUGCUGAUGGAGAAGGAGAGCCUGGAGCGGCGGAAGGGGCCCCUGGAGGGCCACAUGGAGCACGACCACAGCAAGUUCCACUCCCUGCCCCGCUUCGAGCCCAAGAACGGGCUCAUCCACGGCGUGGCCCACAGGAACGGCUUCCGCAGCAAGCUCAAGGAGGUGGGCCAGGCGCAGCUCAAGACCGGCCGGCGGCGGCUCUUUGCUCAGGAAAAGGAGGUGGUCAAGGAGGAGGAGGAGGAGGAUAAAGGCGUCCUCAGUGACUUCCACAAAUGUAUAUAUAAGGGAAGGUCUGUUUCUUUAACAACUUUUUAUCGAACAGCGAGAAAUAUCAUGAACAUGUGCUUCAGCAAGGAGCCUGCACCAGCCGAAAUUGAGCAAGAGUACUGGAGGCUAGUGGAAGAGAAAGACUGCCACGUGGCCGUCCACUGCGGGAAGGUGGACACUAACACGCAUGGAAGCGGAUUCCCUGUGGGAAAAUCAGAGCCGUUUUCAAGGCAUGGAUGGAACCUCACAGUCCUCCCCAAUAACACAGGAUCCAUCCUGCGUCACCUCGGUGCUGUGCCUGGAGUGACUAUUCCCUGGCUAAAUAUUGGCAUGGUCUUUUCUACCUCAUGCUGGUCUCGAGACCAAAAUCACCUUCCAUAUAUUGACUACUUACACACUGGUGCUGAUUGCAUUUGGUAUUGCAUUCCUGCUUCGGAGGAGAACAAGCUGGAGGACGUGGUGCACACACUGCUGCAGGCCAACGGCACACCCGGGCUGGAGAUGCUGGAGAGCAAUGUCAUGAUCUCGCCGGAGGUGCUGUGUCGAGAGGGCAUCAAGGUGCACAGGACCGUGCAGCAGAGCGGCCAGUUCGUGGUCUGCUUUCCAGGAUCCUUUGUGUCCAAAGUGUGCUGUGGCUACAGCGUCUCCGAGACCGUGCACUUUGCUACCACCCAGUGGACAAGCAUGGGCUUUGAAACUGCAAAGGAAAUGAAACGCCGCCACAUAGCAAAGCCGUUCUCCAUGGAGAAGCUCCUCUAUCAGAUUGCGCAGGCGGAGGCUAAGAAGGAGAACGGUCCCACGCUCAGCACCAUCUCGGCCCUUCUCGAUGAGCUCAGGGAUACGGAGCUGCGGCAGCGGAGACAGCUGUUCGAGGCCGGCCUCCACUCCUCCGCCCGCUACGGCAGUCACGACAGCAGCAGCACCGUGGCGGAUGGGAAGAAAAAGCCUCGAAAAUGGUUACAGUUAGAGACGUCGGAGAGGCGCUGUCAGAUCUGCCAACACUUAUGCUACCUUUCCAUGGUCGUCCAGGAGAACGAAAACGUCGUGUUCUGCCUGGAGUGUGCGCUGCGCCACGUGGAAAAGCAGAAGUCCUGCCGAGGGCUGAAGCUGAUGUACCGCUAUGAUGAGGAGCAGAUCGUCAGCCUGGUCAAUCAGAUCUGUGGCAAAGUGUCCAGUAAGAACGGCAGCAUAGAGAACUGUCUCAGUAAACCCACGCCAAAAAGAGGGCCCCGGAAGCGAGCGACCGUGGACGUACUGUCCUCCCGGCUGUCGUCCAGCUCAUCCAAAAGUGCUCCCAGCUCGUCGUGAAGAUGCCAACACUCUGUCCGUUUAUAUAUAUUUUUUGGUAAUUAUUAUAUUCUAGUUUGGAGUACUCGCUGUAGGAUACAAGCUGUCUUUGCACUAGCUCUAAAGAAGAUUUUCUUCUGGUUUUAGAGAACUAAUUUUGUUUUAGCAUUAAACUGUUGAACUUUUUUUUGUACUUAGAAUCCUAGAUACUGCAGUCGGAUUUUGGAAACUGCAGUAUACUCACUGUUUUCAAACCCGUGAGGGGCUGUGUUAAUUUGUAUCGCCCCGAUGGCUGGCAAGCAAGCCUUUUUUGUUUUCUUUCCUUUUUUUUUUUUUUUAAACUGUUGGGGGGAUAAAAGGCUUUUUUAACCCGUUUUUGAAGAGGGUGAAGUUUGAAGAACAAAUUAUAAAACCAUCAGUCAUGUGAGCAGAUUUUUCUAGAGAGGACAAGGGAUAGGAGACAUACACACACAAAACUUGAAAAGAAAUGGCUUUACUUUGGCUGUCUUUUCUUCCGUCAUGUGCAAGAUGAGUUUGUAGUUUUUAAAACCGGAGAACCCCCGUUCUGGGCGGUUAUGGCAGCUGAAGGCGGGCAUUUGCUAACCAUGGGCAAAAGGAGGAGACUCGCGUGACUAGGUUCUCGUUACCAGCACAUCACUAUGCAUCUGUUUAAGGAGAAGACUGCCUGCCUUGGAGGGGUCACGUGAGGGAAAACUGUGCCUGAUUUCAUUAGGAAAUCCAUUCUGUUAUUUUUUGGUGCUGUUGGCUACUUUAUCAAAAAAACCCUUCAAUAGCAUCCUUAAGGGGAAAAAAAAGAAAAAAAAAAAAAG